UUAUACCAUGCCAUUCAGGGAAGGCGGGAAAUCUCUCUCUCUCUCUCUCUCUCUCUCUGUGUGAAGAAGUUGAAUCCAACUUCCCAAUUUGCCCAAUUUGUGGGUUCUUUACGCGAUGACACUACCCAACCAAAUUGCCUCAUUGGGAAUCAAUCCCAUUCUUCAUCACAAUUCUCUUUAAAAUGCUCUCUUCCUCAUAUUCAAUUCUCAAUUCACUGUCCAUCCAAAAAAAAUUAUAGUAUUGUAUUCAAUUCACUCAUUUUGUCUUCUCUCUCAUAUACCCACAAACUUCUGAGUUACCAAUGAACAAUUUUGAGUGUGAAUCCCAGAAUGGAGAGACCCAUAUUUCUGCUGUGAUUCUUGAUUUGGAUGGUACCAUUUUGAACACAGAGCAAACUACGAAGGGGGUUUUAGGGGAACUUUUGGCAAGAUAUGGGAAGGUUUUGGAUAGGGAGAAGGAAGAUCAGAGGUUGGGAAUGACUUUCAAAGAGUCAUCAGUGGCUGUUAUUAAGGACUAUGAUCUUCCAAUCACAACUGAUCGUUUUAGCGAAGAAAUCACACCCAUGUACCAGGAAAAAUGGGUGCAUGCAAAAGCACUUCCUGGUGCUAAUCGUCUUAUCCAACAUCUUUAUAAGCAUGAAAAGUCGUUUGCACUUGCUUCAAACUCUAUGCGGAAAAACAUCGAUACAAAAAUCUCUCAUCAAAAAGGUUGGAGGGAAUACUUUUCAGUAAUUCUUGGAAGUGACCAAGUCAAAUCAGGGAAACCCUCUCCAGAUCUAUUUCUGGAAGCUGCAAAUAAAAUGGGAGUAGAUGCAGUUCGCUGCCUUGUGAUAGAAGAUUCCAUGGUUGGUGUUAAAGCAGCAAGGGCAGCUGGAAUGAAGGUAGUGGCUGUUCCCUCACUUCAAAAUGCAGCCAAUCAGUAUUACAUUGCAGAUUCUGUGCUUCAUUCACUUCUAGAAUUCCGGCCCGAGCUAUGGGGUCUUCCACCAUUUGAAGACUGGGUGGAUAAUGCAUUGCCAAUUGAACCUCUUUAUUCAAAGGUUUAGUAUAGCAAUGGACAUCUGC